UUGCUGCUGCUGCAGCUUCCCCAGUUUUAUUGAAAGUGAAGAUGGACGACUGAGGGGGAAAUUGCAUUUUUAUCGAGAAGAGAGUUAUGAAUAAGCGGUUCCCGGGUGGCCUUCUCCGGGACGUCAAAUAGGCAUUUGGCCGAGCUGGGCUUUAGAAGUCGCAAUUCUCGCGUGGAAAGAAGCUCGCGUUUCUUGUGGAUGCUGUCGUGUUGUGACACAGCAGGACGAGCCAGGACCGGGUUAGUUCUCCUAAGAACUGUAUCCAGGCGGACAAACAAACCUCUGGUGGGUUGUCAAGGAUGCUCGGACAACAACUGCACGACUGUCAACAGUGAGGUUUCUCUCAAUGGCUUCUUUUUCGUGCCAUUAAUUUAGACCAGACACAAUGGGUCCGCUUGCCAUUUGUGUCAUUUCGUGCUCCUCCUCGACGUGACAGCGGACCAUUCCGCUCAGGACUUUGUUGCUUCUGUUGCAGUGCAGUUCGGCUGGCAGCUACAGUCCCGUUCGGUCCGAACACAGAACACAGCGAGCUGAUCAUUUUAUUGUCAUUGCACUUUAUUAAAACAUGGAUGACUCGGGCAUAAUACGACGCCGGAGGCUGCAGAAGGAUUUGCCCCUGCCUCGCAAGAGCAGCAGCUGUCGAACAAGCAAUAGGAAAAGUCUCAUCUUGACCACCACCUCCCCCACUCUGCCUCGCCCACACUCUCCUCUGCCUCUCCCCGGACACCUUGGAAGCAGUCCACUGGACAGCCCGAGAAACUUCUCCCCAAGCACCCCUGCUCACUUCUCCUUUGCCUCCUCCAGAAGAGCUGAUGGACGGCGUUGGUCUUUAGCGUCUUUGCCCUCGUCUGGUUACGGCACAAACACUCCCAGCUCAACGUCGUCCAGCUCUUCUCAGGAGCGGCUGCACCAGCUGCCCUUCCAGCCCACCAUGGAUGAGCUCCACUUCUUAUCCAAGCACUUUGGCAGCACGGAGAGCAUCACAGACGAUGAUGGCGGACGCUCCUCUCCACACAUGCGCCCGCGCUCCCGCAGUCUCAGCCCAGGACGCUCCUCUUCCUGCUAUGAUAACGAGAUAGUCAUGAUGAACCACGUGUACAAGGAGCGCUUUCCGAAGGCCACUGCUCAGAUGGAAGGGAGGCUUGCAGAGUUCAUCCGCGCUUACUCUCCUGAAAAUGUUCUCCCGCUGGCCGACGGCGUUCUCAGCUUCAUCCACCACCAGAUCGCUGAGCUCUCCAGGGACUGCCUGACGAAAUCCUGCGAGGGACUCAUCACAUCUGUCUACUUCUUCGAGCUGCAGGAAAACCUGGAGAAGCUUCUCCAUGACGCCUUUGAACGUUCAGAGAGCUCGGAGGUGGCUUUCGUCACAGAGUUGGUGAAGAAGCUUCUUAUCAUCAUUUCCCGACCGGCCAGGCUCUUGGAGUGUCUGGAAUUCAACCCUGAGGAGUUCUACCAUCUGCUGGAGGCAGCGGAGGAUGUUGCCAAGGAGGGUCACCUGAUGAAAACUGACAUCCCUCGUUAUAUUGUCAGCCAGUUGGGACUGACCAGGGACCCGAUUGAAGAGAUGGUAAACCUUGAUAGUUAUGACAGUGAAGGACCUCUAACACCAGAAACAGAUGACUCAACAGAGGGUAAGAUUAGAACAAUGAAACCACCAGGUGAAGCUGACUUCCAGACCAUCAAGCUCAUUAGCCAUGGAGCAUAUGGUGCUGUGUAUCUGGUCCGACACCUGGAGACACGCCAGCGUUUUGCCAUGAAGAAAAUUAACAAACAAAACCUGAUCCUAAGGAACCAGAUCCAACAGGCCUUUGUCGAGAGAGACAUCCUCACAUUUGCCGAGAACCCCUUUGUGGUCUCCAUGUUCUGUUCCUUUGAAACCCGUCGGCACUUGUGCAUGGUCAUGGAAUAUGUUGAAGGAGGAGAUUGUGCGACACUGCUGAAGAACAUUGGGGCUCUGCCAGUGGAAAUGGCUCGGAUGUACUUUGCUGAAACUGUCCUUGCACUCGAAUACUUACACAACUAUGGCAUUGUUCACCGUGACCUCAAGCCUGACAACCUUCUAAUAACAUCUAUGGGCCACAUCAAGCUUACAGACUUUGGCCUGUCUAAGAUGGGUCUAAUGAGUCUGACCACCAACCUGUAUGAAGGGCACAUUGAGAAAGACACGCGUGAGUUCUUGGAUAAACAGGUGUGUGGAACCCCAGAGUAUAUUGCUCCUGAAGUAAUUCUUCGUCAAGGUUACGGAAAGCCAGUGGACUGGUGGGCUAUGGGUAUCAUCUUGUAUGAGUUUUUGGUGGGGUGUGUGCCUUUCUUUGGAGACACUCCAGAAGAGCUGUUUGGACAAGUCAUAACAGAUGACAUUGUAUGGCCUGAAGAAGAUGAGGCCCUCCCCGUUGAUGCCCAACAUCUCAUCUCCUCUCUUUUACAGACAAAUCCACUUGUUCGCCUAGGAACGGGAGGUGCUUUUGAAGUGAAGCAGCACUCCUUCUUCACAGAGGUGAACUGGAACAGCUUGCUGAGACAAAAGGCCGAGUUCAUCCCUCACCUGGAGUCAGAGGAGGACACCAGUUAUUUUGACACACGGUCUGAGCGCUACCAUCAUGUGCAUUCAUAUGAUGAGGAUGAUACCAAUGAUGAUGAGCCUGUGGAGUUACAUCGCUUUUCUUCGUGUUCACCCCGCUUUAGCAAGGUGUACAGCAGUAUGGAACAUCUGUCCCAGCUGGAGCAUAAACCCCCAAGUGUAACAUUAAGGGAGCACAAAGUUCCAAAAGAGGACCGAAUGGCCAAGAGAGAAAGCCUGGGUAGCUUUACGCUCAGGGACAAGAGCUGGAGGACUGGAUCACCAGAAAUGAAGCGUUUGUCCUGCUCAGAGUCGUCCUUCACCGAGAGCGACUACAGUCCUCCAUCUGGAGCCCGAAGGCGCUUCUCUGCCCUCAUGGACACGCACCGCUUGGCCUCACCUCUGGAGGUCGAUUCUGAGCAGUCCCUAACAAGGGUCCAGCCACAAAUGAAGGCCAGGGGCACCUCUCUGGAAGGAGCCAUGGGUGCCAUAUCCUCACAAGGCGAUCUCAGGACAUUCCUUAAAGAAAGCAAUGGGUUCACAGCUGGAGCCAGUGCAACUGUUUUGGGGCUUCCAGAGCCCCAAGGGCCCAGAGGGGCCACCAGUGACUUGGUGCUGCGGAGAGUUCGGCAUCAGCAGCUCUCAGCUGAGGGAGAAAAACGGAACUCUCGACCUGGAAAUAAAGUUAUCAAAUCUGCUUCUGCUACUGCUUUAUCUGUCAUCAUUCCUGCAGUGGAGCAACAUGGUGCCUCCCCCCUAGCGAGCCCCAUGUCUCCUCGCUCCCUUUCGUCCAACCCCUCCUCUCGGGAUUCCUCUCCCAGUCGAGACUACUGUCCAGUGGUAAACGUCCUGCAUUCCCCAAUCACCAUCCACCGCUCUGGCAAGAAGUAUGGCUUUACUCUCCGAGCAAUUAGAGUCUACAUAGGAGACAGCGAUGUCUACAGCGUACACCAUAUGAUAUGGCAUGUGGAGGAUGGAGGCCCCGCCCAGGAGGCUGGACUUAGUGCUGGUGAUCUCAUCACACAUGUAAAUGGGGAGUCAGUUCACGGUCUGGUCCAUACAGAAGUGGUGGAGCUCAUCCUGAAGAGUGGAAACAAGGUGACCGUUACAACGACUCCCUUUGAGAACACCUCUAUAAAAGUGGGACCUGCACGCAAGACCAGCUAUAAAUGCAAAAUGGCCCGACGCAGCAAAAGACCAGGAGCCAAAGAGGGGCAAGAUAAGAAGCGCAGCUCCCUGUUCAGAAAAAUCACCAAGCAGUCCAAUUUGCUCCACACCAGUCGGAGCCUCUCCUCUUUGAACCGCUCUCUGUCAUCUGGAGACAGUUUACCCGGAUCUCCCACCCACAGCUUCUGUGCCCGCUCACCCACUCAGACAUAUCGCUCAACUCUGGAAUCCCCAUACCUGGGCACUUCCUCACAGAGCAGCUCCCCAGCAUCGAGCACCCCCAACUCCCCAGCCACAUCGCACCACAUGAGGCCCAGCUCUCUGCAUGGCCUGUCGCCAAAACUUCACCGCCAGUACCGCUCUGCUCGCUGCAAAUCUGCUGGCAACAUCCCCUUAUCGCCUUUAGCCCAUACACCCUCCCCUACCACGUCCUCCCCGCCGCCUCUGAGCGGCCACACUGUCGGAAGCUCCAACACCACGCAGAUGUUCCCCGUCAAGCUACACUCCUCACCACCAGUUGCCCGUCCUCGUCCCAAGAGUGCAGAGCCACCCAGAUCCCCCCUUCUGCAGCGAGUACAGUCAGCAGAGAAGCUUGGAGCGCCUAUUCUGCCUUCUUCCUCAUCAUCAUCCUCGUCGCCUUCUCCUCUGACGGGAGGGGUGUGCCUCCGCAAGCACAGUUUGGAGGUGACACAUGGGGACUACAGGAGAGAGUCCUUCCACUGUGAGCACAGUCUACAGAGUCUGCUUGAGAUGGAGGGAGAGAAUGGACCUGCUCCACCUUCUCCUUCAUCCUCUUCGUCUCCUUCUCCACCUUUAGGAGGGGAAACCAGUAGUUUGCAUCCUGUUAGAAGGCUGGGAAGGCAGGAAACACCACUUGGCCGUGACACAAUGGUACCAGUAACAGAGACAGAUACUCAAACCAUGGCAUCGGAUCUUGCUGGGUGCAAUACUGAGACCAAAGCAACAAAACGUGAAUCCGCCAUUGACCCAAAUAAAACAUUAUACACCUCUGGGGCUCUACAGAGUUCAUCUGCAAUUGAGACGACCCCUCCUCCAGUAGCAGCCCCAUCCACCACCGAGAGCAAGCCGAAACACGGGGUCAAACCUUUAAAUGCAAACAUUGCACCUUCUGAGGCUACAUUCUCUAAGAGCAAACCUUGUGAGAAAAUAUCCCCUCCAGGGACAACAAAGUGCCUCCAACCGCAAGAGAAAAAGCAGAAGUAUGCUCACAUAGAAAGUGUCUCUUCAAAUAAAGUUUUAGGAAAUGCCGAAGACAAAACCAAAUACAUAGCAGGUACAGAGAAAGGUGGCUGUCGCAAAGGAUCAAGUACAGAGUCAUCCAAACCUCGUAAAAGCACGGAGGCCAUUGAGAAGGAAGGCAGUGGUGGUGAUAAAAAAACAGAGACGACUAAGGUUAAAGGUCCUGCACCUCCAGUUCCCAACCCAGUGCAGGUCCACAGUGCAACAAAUGUACCAGUUGCUGGCAGCUCCAAAGUGGAGUGGGCAUCAAAGAGUUACCGGGGAGUGAAGGAGGAAAGGGCGCACCUGGAGGUGUUGGAAGAAAACCCCAUGUCCCCUUCUUCUAAUGCAUCCUCACCUUGUUCGAGCAAGCCACGCGUCAUGUCACCCGGGGACAGAGCCAGCUUUGUCACACAACUCACAAGCGUCGCCAAAACAGUACUUGGGCCUAUGAAAGGGGGGGCACAAGAUGGUUCCAAGGGCAAAGAUGCCUGUAGGUCAGGUGAGGAGAAACGAGGCAGCUCAGCGGGAAAAGCAGAGGCUUCAUGUGGGCCUGGGCGCCGUGGGGCUCAAACAACCUCUGCUGGUAGCGCUCUCCAGUUGGAUAAAGGAAACACUCGGAGCUCAAAGCAUCAUUCGUGAUGAAGAAGCAGACCCUCCAAUGCAUUGCCUUUUACUGUAGAAGCAUCCAAACAUAUCAUAUAACUUGACACCUUUCUAACAAACAUAAAUGGCUCAACAGAAAUAAUCUGAAUCCGAGACUUUGGACAAAAUGGGGACAAAAAUUUAAAUAAAUCAACUACUGUCAGCGCCGUGUAGCAUAUUAUAGGCCUGUGGAUGUCUUUGUCACAAUGUGCUGUAGAUGUAUUUAAAAAACAAACAAAAAAAAACAAUGCAUGUUGUACAUAGAAAAUCAAAGAAAUUUAGAACGUAGAUGAAAAAUAAAAAAAUAAUAAAUACAGAGGACCUUAAGGUAGUAAACACUGUGAACAACUUUGCAACCACCUAAACAUGCAAACCACAUUCCAUUUACUUAGAUUGGUUACGUUUAUUUAGCAAAAUGAUAUAAUUAAGUUAUGUAUCAUAAAAUGACAG